UAGCUUGUUGGAUAUUCUCAUUACUAAUUGCAUAAUUGCUUUCUUCUGCUAGCGUUGAAAUAUCUUCCGACAAGAGAGCAAUUUACCGAGUUAUUUGACAUAGAUACAAACACCUGUUGAUCCACAUUUCACAUUUUCGUAUAUUCAUAUUUUCAUAUCCUUGAUCUAGACCAGGUUGCCAAGGUGAUUACUAAAAGUUGACAUUACAAAAGUUGAUAUUACCAAAAGUUGAUAUCAAAAGUUCACAAGACUGAUAAGAGUUGUAAAGUGGAUAGAUCCCAUAGAGUUGAUUUAAGUCAUAAAGUCGAUAAAAGUUCAUACGGUGUAAAGUCAUCAACUAGAUAAAAGUCAUACAGGUCGUAUUUCAUUCAGUUUUUUCAGUCAUCGAUCUGUACAUCCAUAAAAUACAAAACAUAAAGAGCUAUUGUAUGCUAACAAACUACUGUCUCACAGUCAUCUAAUCACAUAUAAUUCAUUUACAGUGGACAUGUCUGAGCCCCAGGAUAUUUCCCAUUCUACCAGAAGAAGGUCUAUAGCCCUUCUCACCAGACCACCGAUGUCUCAAUCGCCAGUUCCUGUGCCAGUUGGAUCGCCAGGAAACAGAAUACAGUCAGCUUCGAACUCGUAUGUAGCCAACGCCCCUUUUCUCAGGCCAGAUCUGACUUCGCGAGAUGAACUUCAUCAUAACGAAGAAGUUUUAGAGUCACCAGAGUCAUCUAAAGAGUCUUCCACUCUCAAUUUGCACCUGCAAGUCCGUCUGGCACAUAUUCUGUCCGAAAACGUCGAUAGCAACGACUUUUCAGUCGGAAUCGAAGAUCCCCGUUUGCUUCUGCUGGUAGCUAGAAUUGUUCCUCAGGACCAGGAGAUGGAUUCAGAGGGAGCAGAUAUAACCAGGGACUUGUAUAAACUCACUCAGGAAGUAUCUCGCCCACCUAGCUUGCGUAGAGUUAAGCUGUAUUCGUCUUCCAUUGAGCUGACAUCGCGCGAAAGACGUGAAACUGCCAGCUCCAUUAACGUUCCUGGUGGAUUCAGAAGAGAAUUCAUGGUCCAGAAGGCUUUCCACAGCGACCAACUCAGAACAAAGACACCAAACUUCUUGACUAGAAAUUUUGUAGAAUUCCUCAGCAUCUAUGGCCACUUUGCCGGAGAAGAAUUGGAAGACGAGGAAGACAUUGCUUGUCAUUAUAAAGCAUUUAGUCCUGUAAAAGUGGAUGAAGAAGCUCCGUUGUUGCUCGGGGCAGCAGAACCUGGUCCAGAAUACAACUCUAUCAAUACUCGUGGAACUGCUACUGAUACCAAAGCUUAUUUCUUGCUACUCAAGGCUUUUGUAGGAACAGGAGUCUUAUUUCUUCCCAAGGCUUUCUCCAAUGGUGGUUUGCUCUUCUCGGUCUUGGUCUUACUCUUCUUUGGUGUGUUAUCGUUGUGGUGUUACUUGACUUUGGUUUACUCGAAGAUUGCCGCAAAGGUGCUGAGUUUCGCCGAAUUGGGUCUCAAACUUUACGGAAACUGGCUUCAACGUCUCAUUUUGUUUCUGAUUGUUAUUUCACAAAUCGGAUUCGUAGCAGCAUAUAUAGUGUUCACACUGGAGAACUUGAGAGCUUUUGUUUCCACUGUUUCUGGUUAUGAUGUUGGCGACUUUGACAUUGUGUGGUUCAUCAUUUUCCAAGUGAUUGUUCUUGUUCCACUUUCACUCAUUCGGGACAUCACCAAAUUGUCGCUUCUGGCUGUGCUUGCUAAUUUCUUCAUCCUUAUAGGGCUUGUUACCAUCUUGUACUUCAUCUUUUACGAAUUGUUGGUAGAAAACCACGGUUCCAUGGGUCCCAACAUCGAGUUCUUCUUCAACAAGAACGAAUUUUCGUUGUUUAUUGGUGUCGCUAUCUUUGCCUUUGAAGGUAUAGGUCUCAUCAUCCCGAUCCAGGAGUCAAUGGUGUACCCCAAUCACUUCCCCAAAGUGUUAUGUCAAGUGAUUGCUACCAUUUCUCUCAUCUUUGUCAGUAUGGGAGUUCUUGGUUAUACGACUUUUGGCUCUGAUAUCAAGACAGUAAUCAUCUUGAACUUGCCCCAGAAGCUGCCUUUGAUUGUUCUCAUUCAAUUGCUCUACUCCUUUGCUAUAUUGUUGCUGACACCAUUGCAACUCUUCCCAGCCAUCAGAUUACUUGAACUGAAACUCUUCUUCAGGAAAACGGGAAAGAACUCACUUACGGUGAAAUGGUUGAAAAACAUCUUUAGACUUAUCUUUGUCUUGCUUGUUGCCUAUGUGGCUUUUGUGGGUGGCCAGAACUUAGAUAAGUUUGUCUCUUUUGUUGGAUGUUUUGCUUGUAUUCCGUUGGUGUAUAUGUAUCCGCCAAUCUUACAUUUGAAGAGUUGUUGUAAUAUUGAUGACAACAUGCUGGAGAAAGAGAAGAGAAAAAGGUUCUGGUUGGGGGUCGCAGACUAUGUGCUUGUGGUCAUUGGUGCUAUAGCAAUGGUAUACACCACCUACGACAUUUUAAUCAAUUAGCCCUCAUCAACUUGAAUCAUUCCAUUAAAGCUUAUGAUAAUCAUAAUAGUAAAAGUCAUUAUAAUCAUAUUAAUAUAUUGCAUUUUAAAUU